GGAAGAGGCGGGACAGAAGGGGAGCUGGAAGGCGUGUCAUUGGCGAAGCCGGGAGACUGGUCACAAAGGUUGGCCUUGGAAAAAGGAAGAAGGGAAAGAAGGGGUUUGGGGUCAGCGGCGGUGGCCCCGGCAAGGGGACCUUGGUGCUGUGGCGCGGCCUCUGGUCAAGCAGGCUCCCUCCCGGGUCAGCCUCGAGCCUGAGGGGAGGAGAAUUAAGGCGGCUCCACAAUGGAUGGAGGAGAAGGUGGUACCAACUCUGUGAUUAACAAGAGGUUUGUAACUGAAGCAGAACUCGAAGAGCGGCGCAAGAGAAGGCAAGAGGAAUGGGAGAAAGUUCGAAAGCCAGAAGACCCUGAAGAGUGUCCCGAGGAAGCGUAUGACCCCCAGUCACUCUAUGAAAGACUUCAGGAGCAGAAAGACAAGAAGCAGCAGGAGUUUGAAGAGCAGUUCAAAUUCAAAAAUAUGGUCAGAGGCCUAGACGAAGAUGAGACCAAGUUCCUCGACGAGGUUUCUCGGCAGCAGGCCCUCAUAGAAAAGCAGCGUCGAGAAGAAGAUCUGAAAGAACUGAACGAAUAUAGAAGUUCUUUGUCAAAGGUUGGAGGAAGCGCUGACUUGAAAAAAGAGGCUGAGAAAAAACUGUUGGUGAAGUCUGUGGAAAACAAGAGCAAGUUCUCUCAGGCGAAGCUGUUGGCAGGCGCCGUGAAACACAGAAGUUCAGAAGGUGCCAACAGCGUGAAAAGGCUGAAGCUCGAUCCUGAUCCCAAUCCAGACGAGGCUCCAGAAAAGCCCUCUUGUAUUCCUCUGGGCAGCAGCUCUGCGAGUGAUCCUCUGGUCCACUGCCCCUCGGCGGCUGUGUGCAUCGGGAUCCUGCCUGGCCUCGGAGCCUACUCAGGAAGCAGCGACUCAGAGUCCAGCUCGGACAGCGAAGGCACCAUCAACUCGGCAGGCAAGAUCGUCUCCUCAGUAUUCCGCGGCAGCAGCAGCUUCUUUGAUGGCCCGUUGUAGGAUCUGGCCCGACUCCUUUGAUGUUUGGAUGGGAAGUCUCAUUCCCACCCCCACCCCCUUCUUUCAUCCUGGUCAUCCUCCAAGUGGUCAACAUCAUCCAUCUCUAUUUUUCAGAUAAUAUCAUGCAGCAUACUGAAGCUGUCUCCGUGUGGGUGUCUCUUUCCUUUAAGACUUAUCUUUGGGUUCUGGGGUGAAACAUUGUUUUUAUUGUAUAAUUGAAAAAGGAGUAGAUUGCCAUGGCACUGUAGCAGAGUUUUAGUGUUGCAUAUGAUUAAAGGAAUCCGGAAUGCGUUUCACCCA